AUGCUCCAGGGCUCGGCGGCGGUGCAACCUCGGCGGAGGAGGAUGGGCGGCUUCGGGAGGCUCUCCCUGGGGCUCGUGCUGGUGGUGAUCCUGAGCGAGGUGGCGCCGCAGCCCUGCCCGGCUCAGUGCUCCUGUUCCGGCAGCACCGUGGACUGUCACGGGCUGGCGCUGCGGAGCGUCCCGAGGAACAUCCCCCGCAACACUGAAAGGCUGGACCUUAAUGGAAAUAAUAUCACAAGAAUCACCAAGACUGACUUUACUGGCCUAAGACACCUUCGAGUCCUUCAGCUCAUGGAGAACAAGAUUAGCACUAUUGAAAGGGGAGCAUUCCAGGAUCUAAAAGAGCUGGAGAGGCUGCGUCUAAACAGAAAUAAUCUUCAGCUGCUUUCUGAGUUGCUGUUUCUGGGGACUCCUAAACUAUACAGGCUUGAUCUCAGUGAAAAUCAAAUUCAAGCAAUUCCAAGGAAGGCUUUCCGUGGGGCCGUAGAUAUUAAAAAUCUGCAACUGGAUUACAACCAGAUCAGCUGUAUUGAAGAUGGGGCAUUUAGGGCUCUACGCGACCUGGAAGUGCUCACUCUCAACAAUAACAACAUCACUCGACUUUCAGUGGCAAGUUUCAACCACAUGCCCAAACUCAGAACCUUUCGACUUCACUCGAAUAAUCUCUACUGUGAUUGCCACCUGGCUUGGCUAUCUGAUUGGCUGCGGCAGCGACCCCGAGUUGGCCUGUACACACAGUGUAUGGGCCCAUCCCACCUGAGGGGACACAAUGUAGCAGAGGUUCAAAAACGAGAAUUUGUCUGCAGUGGUCAUCAGUCUUUUAUGGCUCCCUCCUGCAGCGUCUUGCAUUGUCCUACUGCAUGUACCUGUAGUAACAACAUUGUUGACUGUCGUGGGAAAGGCCUUACUGAGAUCCCAACCAAUCUUCCAGAAACUAUUACUGAAAUACGGUUGGAGCAAAAUUCAAUCAAGGUCAUCCCUCCUGGAGCUUUCUCACCAUAUAAAAAGCUUCGAAGAAUUGACCUGAGCAAUAACCAGAUCUCUGAGACAGCUCCAGAUGCUUUCCAAGGCCUGCGUUCACUCAAUUCACUUGUCCUCUAUGGAAAUAAAAUUACAGAACUUCCAAAAGGCCUGUUUGAAGGACUCUUCUCUUUACAAUUGCUAUUAUUAAAUGCCAACAAGAUAAAUUGCCUACGAGUAGAUGCUUUCCAAGAUCUACACAACCUGAACCUUCUCUCUUUGUAUGAUAACAAGCUUCAAACCAUUGCUAAAGGCACCUUUUCACCCCUACGUGCAAUUCAGACUUUGCAUUUGGCUCAGAACCCAUUUAUUUGUGACUGCCAUCUGAAGUGGCUGGCGGAUUAUCUUCAUACAAACCCUAUUGAGACCAGUGGUGCCCGUUGCACCAGCCCCCGCCGUCUGGCAAACAAAAGGAUUGGCCAGAUCAAAAGCAAGAAAUUCCGCUGCUCAGGCACCGAAGAUUACAGAUCAAAACUAAGUGGAGACUGCUUUGCAGAUCUGGCUUGCCCUGAAAAAUGCCGCUGUGAAGGAACCACAGUGGACUGCUCCAAUCAGAAGCUCAACAAAAUUCCUGACCACGUCCCCCAAUACACAGCAGAGUUGAGACUAAAUAACAAUGAAUUCACAGUGUUAGAGGCGACUGGGAUCUUUAAGAAGCUUCCUCAGCUGCGUAAAAUAAAUCUGAGCAAUAACAAGAUCACAGAUAUUGAAGAAGGAGCAUUUGAAGGAGCAUCUGGUGUGAAUGAACUGUUGCUCACCAGUAACCGUUUGGAGACUAUUCGACACAAGAUGUUUAAAGGACUAGAAAGUCUCAAAACAUUAAUGCUAAGGAGCAAUCGCAUAAGCUGUAUAGGCAAUGAUAGUUUCACAGGACUGAGUUCUGUCCGUUUGCUCUCCUUAUAUGACAACCAAAUUACUACAGUUGCUCCAGGUGCCUUUGAUACUCUCCAUUCACUCUCUACAUUAAACCUGCUGGCCAAUCCUUUCAACUGUAACUGCCACCUGGCGUGGCUGGGAGAUUGGCUGAGGAAGAAACGCAUUGUAACUGGAAACCCUCGCUGUCAGAAACCCUACUUCCUAAAAGAGAUUCCCAUCCAGGAUGUGGCAAUUCAAGAUUUUACUUGUGAUGAUGGGAAUGAUGACAACAGUUGCUCUCCAUUGUCUCGCUGUCCCGCAGAAUGUACUUGCCUAGAUACUGUGGUUCGCUGCAGCAACAAAGGUCUUAAGGUUUUGCCCAAAGGCAUCCCAAAAGAUGUAACUGAACUUUAUUUGGAUGGAAACCAGUUUACCCUUGUUCCCAAGGAACUUUCUAACUACAAACAUUUAACACUUAUAGAUUUAAGUAACAACAGAAUCAGCACUCUUUCUAACCAGAGCUUCAGCAACAUGACUCAGCUGCUCACCUUAAUUCUUAGUUACAACCGUCUGAGGUGUAUCCCUGCACGGACAUUUGAUGGGUUGAAAUCACUUAGGUUACUGUCUUUACAUGGCAAUGAUAUUUCUGUUGUUCCUGAAGGAGCUUUUAAUGAUCUUUCAGCAUUAUCACAUCUUGCUAUUGGAGCAAAUCCUCUGUACUGUGAUUGUAACAUGCAAUGGUUGUCCGACUGGGUAAAGUCAGAAUACAAAGAACCCGGUAUUGCACGUUGUGCUGGUCCUGGAGAAAUGGCAGAUAAACUACUUCUCACAACUCCAUCUAAAAAAUUUACUUGCCAAGGGCCUGUGGAUGUUAAUAUACUUGCAAAGUGUAGUCCCUGCUUAUCAAAUCCAUGUAAAAAUGAUGGCACUUGUAACAAUGAUCCUGUUGACUUCUACAGAUGUACCUGCCCAUAUGGUUUCAAGGGCCAGGACUGUGAUAUUCCAAUUCAUGCCUGCAUCAGUAACCCUUGCCAACAUGGUGGAACUUGCCAUUUAAAAGAAGGAGAAAAAGAUGGAUUCUGGUGCACUUGUGCAGAUGGAUUUGAAGGUGAAAACUGUGAAGUGAAUGUUGAUGACUGCGAAGACAAUGACUGUGAAAAUAAUUCUACCUGUGUAGAUGGAAUUAACAACUACACUUGCCUUUGUCCACCUGAAUAUACUGGUGAGUUGUGUGAGGAGAAACUAGAUUUCUGUGCACAAGACUUGAAUCCUUGUCAACAUGACUCAAAGUGCAUCCUGACACCCAAAGGAUACAAAUGUGAUUGCACACCUGGAUAUGUAGGAGAACACUGUGAUAUUGACUAUGAUGACUGUCAAGACAACAAGUGUAAAAAUGGAGCACAGUGUACUGAUGCAGUGAAUGGGUAUACAUGUAUAUGCCCGGAAGGGUACAGUGGCCUUUUUUGUGAGUUUUCACCACCAAUGGUUCUCCCUCGCACCAGCCCUUGUGAUAACUAUGAGUGUCAGAAUGGAGCUCAGUGCAUCAUAAAAGUAAAUGAACCGAUAUGUCAGUGUUUGUCAGGUUACCAGGGUGACAAAUGCGAAAAGCUGGUCAGCGUAAACUUUGUGAACAAAGAAUCCUACUUGCAAAUUCCUUCAAGCAAGGUCCGCCCUCAGACCAACAUCACUCUGCAGAUUGCCACAGAUGAGGACAGUGGAAUCCUGCUGUACAAAGGUGACAGAGAUCAUAUAGCAGUGGAGCUGUACCGUGGUCGAGUGAGGGUCAGUUAUGACACAGGAUCUUAUCCAGCAUCUGCCAUUUACAGCGUUGAGACAAUAAAUGAUGGGAAUUUCCACAUAGUGGAGCUGCUAGCCAUGGAUCAGAUUCUAUCUUUGUCUGUUGAUGGAGGAAGUCCCAAGAUCAUUACGAACUUGUCUAAGCAAUCAACUCUGAAUGUUGACUCCCCACUUUAUGUAGGAGGCAUGCCUGUGAAAAACAAUGUUGCAGCACUGCGCCAGUCUCCAGGCCAGAAUGGCACCAGCUUCCAUGGCUGCAUCCGUAAUCUGUACAUCAACAGCGAACUGCAGGACUUUAGAAAUGUGCCACUGCAAGUGGGAAUUCUUCCUGGUUGUGAGCCCUGUCACAAGAAAGUGUGUGUGCAUGGAACCUGCCAUGCUACGAGCCAGUCAGGCUUUACCUGCGAGUGUGAAGGAGGAUGGACUGGACCGCUGUGUGAUCAGCAAACCAAUGACCCUUGUCUUGGAAAUAAAUGUGUACAUGGUACCUGCUUGCCAAUCAAUGCAUUUUCAUACAGUUGUAAAUGCCUGCAGGGACAUGGGGGAGUCCUCUGUGAUGAAGAGGAAGAGUUGUUUAACCCCUGCCAGUCCAUCAGGUGUAAACAUGGAAAAUGCAGGCUUUCCGGCCUUGGGAAACCAUAUUGCGAAUGCAGCAGUGGAUACACUGGGGACAGCUGUGAUAAAGAAAUCUCUUGUCGAGGGGAACGAAUCAGAGAUUACUACCAAAAGCAGCAAGGGUAUGCCGCGUGCCAGACGACCAAGAAGGUAUCGAGACUAGAAUGUAAAGGAGGAUGUUCAAGUGGGCAGUGCUGUGGACCACUAAGGAGCAAGAGACGGAAAUAUUCUUUUGAAUGCACUGAUGGGUCCUCAUUUGUGGACGAGGUUGAGAAGGUGGUGAAGUGUGGCUGUACAAAGUGCCCCUCCUAA